AUGGCACUGAUUGAAAGGGUUGGCUCUUUAGAGACGGUAUCGUUUUUGCGGUUUGAUGCGGCGCUGGUGCGUGCGAUGGUUCAGCAGCGCACCGUACGCGUGAUGCCGAUUGCGUAUCUUACAGCACGCUAUGCGAUGGGGAUGGGGAUAGUGCUGCUGGCAUGUUUGACGAUUCCAACGCUGGGUUCGGGCUGGACUGCGUUUCGACCGGUGUGCUGGCUUCGCGUUGCCCUUCUCCCGCUCACGUUCACCGCCACAUCUACGCUGGUCGGGUAUCGUGCGUUUGUGAUCCACUUUCACCGCCCGCUACUCCUGACGCUGCUCAUCCACAUGCUACUGGCAGCCGUAUUCGCCGGAGGCAUCGCAACCCUGGUGCUGUCGACAGAGAUGGGCUUCGAUGGACCGAGGUUUGUGCCCGAGUGGAUCGUCGCCAUGUUGGCCAUUGCCAUCGUCACAGACAUUACACUCACGCUCGUAGUGGUUGUACCCAUCUUGCAAGACGCUUGGCCACGGAGGGGAGAUGUUGCACAUAUGCUGCUGCGCGAUGCAGCGCUGUUCGGCUUGGGCUCGGUGGCGUUGAAAGUUGCGGCCAUGGUGGCCACGCUUGUGUGGGGCGGGCGACUCGCGAAUCCAUAUCUUCCGUUGAGGAUGCAGGGGAUCGCAUGUGGCAUCUGGGCAUGCAGGAUGUUUCGCGCGCAAUGCACGUUUCUCACCACACAAAGAGAACGCAAGGCCAGCCCGAGCCUCGAGACGAUCCGCUUCGAUCAGAUGCUGCCGGGGGCCGAGUCGAGCAUUGACUCACUUGCGCCGGUCCAGGCGGCUCACCUGUCCAAGAGCGACGACAGUACGAGCCAACACACACACGACGAGCAGACUUGCCAAACAACGAUGCCUACCGACACUGGCUUCAAGACGGUGUCUUGUGCGAGCGCGCAAGAGGUGACGCUAGACGCAUGA